CGCAGUAUGAAACACAUCUUGAGUUCAAAUGGCCACGGUGCAGACGUCAACAAUGGCAACGAUGUAGACGGCAACGAUGGAGACGGCAACRUCGGAACACAGGGGUGGCGUUGUAGUAAGGGUGACAAAAAGCAGCUGCCGUACGACCCGUUUCAGAUGCGUGACAACUCCAACUCGACCACUGCUACCGGUGCUUUGUUACAUCUGAUAAAGAGUAGUCUCGGUUCCGGCGUCCUUGCCAUGCCGAAUGCAUUCAAAAACGGCGGGCUCAUUUUUGGCUUGUUUGGGACGGCUGCCAUCGGGGCUCUGUGUGCGCACUGCAUCUACCUUCUAGUGCUGUGCUCGCAAUCACUGGCCCGUCGUACACGGCGUCCGGCUCUCGGUUUUGCCGACACCGCGUACGCAGCAUUUAAGACAGGCCCGCGUAGGUUUCGCGCUUGGGCCUCGUUCGCCAGAGGAUUUGUCAACGCUGCACUAUUUUGCACGUAUUAUUUCGGCAACUGUGUGUAUGUAAUACUCGUAUCAGCGUCGUUCAAACAGGUCGCAGACAACCACAUGCCUGUAGAGUGGCAAUUCUCCAUACGUACCUGGAUCUUGGGUCUCGCCUUACCGAUUCUUCCUCUCGGCACCAUUCGUUCACUCCAGGUAUUGGUUCCCUUCUCAGCCGUGGCUACGACAUUCAUACUACUCGGUUUGGGUUGCUCCAUGGUAUGGGUGGUGAUCGGUGUCAGUCCGUUCGCCAGCAAAGAAGCUGUGCUGGCAGCCGUGCCACUGCCUGAUAUGGCGUCUCGUCCCUGGAUAGGCACACUUGCACACAUGCCAUUGUUCUUCGCCACUGUUGUCUUUGCCAUGGAGGGUAUCGGCACCGUUCUACCGAUUGAGAACUCGAUGCGCCAUCCAGAACAUUUCCUCCGGGCCCGCCCAUGUGGAGUGUUGAAUGCCGCAAUGACGCUGGUUGUGUUUUUGUACUCGAUGGCCGGCUUCCUCGGAUACUUACGUUUUGGCAAUGCCACUGAAGGUUCGAUCACGCUCAAUCUUCCCAACGAUUUAUUCGCUGAGACAGUUAAGAUCAUGGUCACGAUGUCAAUACUCUUCUCAUACGGCUUGCAGUUUUGUGUCCCUAGUGAAAUUGUUUGGGCUCGCUUGAGGCCCUGGCUACGGAAACGCAAAUGUGACGCUAAGUAUUCCACAAAUGCGACAGACAAAGAUACAGUAGCUGUGAGCACCAUUGCCGGCAGCAUUGUGACCAUGACCACGGUCACAUCAACAAUGAAUCAUUCUAAACACUACGAAAAGAAACAAGCUGAAAUAGAUGAACUGSAUGAGGAAGAAGAGUACAUGGACUGGGAAUAUUACGUGAUGCGGGCAUUAAUGAUCCUGGGAACUUUUGGAAUUGCUGCCAUUGUACCCAACCUUGCCCCCAUCAUAUCUUUAUUUGGAGCAGUAUUCUUCUCCAUCCUAGGACUUUUGUGUCCAGCUGUAAUACAUCURGUUGCAUUUUGGGAAUAUAAGAACGAAAAUGAAAAUGAUGAAAACUAUGAAGACUCAGAUUCAGAAAACAAUUUACGAUUUGACGGAGUCGAUAACUAUGCUAUGUUUGACGACAUAAGUAUAGAAUGUGGUGGUAAUACACAGCGACAACAACAAAGGAAAAUAAGCAAUGAUGAAUCGAGUACCAGAAAAAAGGGCAUGUCCCUAUUAACGGCCACCAAAGAUGUGGCCAUCGCUUUACUCGCUUUAUUGGCCAUGGUUUCUGGGGCAUAUGCGUCUUUGGUAGACAUAUUUAAAUGUUACGGAUCUAGUAGUAAAUAGCACGCUAUAAAUUCUACCAUAGAAAUUAUAACGUCAACUGCUCAGGGCCAGAGUCAGCGUUCCUGUUGAGAAAAUAAAUAAAUUUAUCAAUAUGCAUAAACAUCACCACUGCAUCGAUCCAAGCUUUAAAUACAUUAUUCAAACAGCUWGARAGAUGUUGUGAAGUCAUCCCCACACCACUAGAUAUAUUAUGUAAGCUAUAUGAGUGUCACCAACAUUAUUAAUAGCAUCACUCUCAUAGUGUUCUUAUAUGUUUAAUUUAUUUUGGACAUAAAUAUAAUAUUAUCAUAAUUUUCUUUCCUAACGGUCUAGUGUCAUAAUAUAAUUAUAGUAGGUAGGUGUUAUUAUUGACUGAUGCUAUCUGUCUUAAAGACCUAUUUAUUUUUAUUUUUAUUUUUAUUUAAAAUUUGUUAUUUCCUACUUUAUUUGAUUAACUGUCAAGUGUAUUUUUAUAGAUGCGCGUUGACAAUAAAAAAAAAAGUAGUGCAUAAUUUCAAAUAUCUUAUUGAUACUUAUUUAUUAUUGUCAUUACUAUUUUUAAAUUAUUUUAUUAUACUACUAUUUCACUUUCCACUGUUAUAUGUUACACAUUUUAAAAGACAUUUUUUUUUUAAAUAUGUUUUGGAUUUCGGCCGUUACUACUUGUAAAAUAGUUGAAAUCAUAUUGUUUUUUUUUUUUAUAUAAAACGAUGAAAAUGCCAAA